AUGGACAACCUUUUGCAAACUCUGAUGAGCCUGGAGGAUGGUUUGGAAUGGAACAAUCUUGAAAUGCUUACAGCCGCCAGCUGGAAAAGUGAAGAAGACAAAUUUGAGCCAUGCCAGGUUCCAUCCUCCCAAAGUCCCUCAUCUUCCGAAUCCUUCUAUCCUUCUCCUCCUCAUCUCCUAGAGACACCAGCGACCAGUCUGACAGGAUACACAUGCACUAAUUUCUCAGAAUCUUCGCUCCAAACCUGGGACACUGAUGAGAGUAGCUCAGCAUCUCCGAAGACCCAGAAACUGACAAAGGGAAAGAUGUCACACAAGCGCAGGAUGAAAGCGAGCGAGAGGGAAAAGCUGAGAAUGAGGAGGCUUGCUAAUGCCCUGCACAUGCUCAGGAGCUUUCUACCGCCUGUCUACAGCCAACGAGGUCAGCCUCUUACCAAAAUCCAGACUCUGCACUGUGCCAUCCGUUACAUUUCUGAACUUUCCGGCUUAUUGGCGCAAGGAACACAAAGUGAUUAA